AGAAAAUAAAAAAUAUAUAAAAGAGUGAGAGUGACCUUAUAAAGACAAAAUAAAGGAAAAAAACCCUAAAUCCGCAACAGACCAAAAACUCUUGAAUAUUUUUGAAAAUGUGUUAUCUAUUGGACCGCGGGAUUCUUCUUUUGUAAAUUUCCGAGUCCAAGCAUUGCUUCUUCAUUCAUUUCUUUUGCUUUGGACUCACCAAAAUCUCUCAAGCUUGGAUCUUUUACCGUCAAAGCAAAGUCUCAGCUCCACUAAGUGCUGGAGUAAUGGGUUUGAAUCUUAACCCAAUUUUGCGACAAGAACUGGCUAAUCUUGACAAAGACACAGAGAGCCGUAAAUCAGCAAUGAAAGCUCUUAAGUCAUAUGUCAAGGAAUUGGAUUCAAAGGCUAUUCCAAGUUUCUUAGCACAAGUCUUCGAGACUAAAGAGACCAACUCUUUGUCUGGUGAAUACACGAUCUCGCUCUACGAGAUCCUUGCUCGUGUUCAUGGACCAAACAUUGUCCCUCAGAUUGAUGUAAUCAUGUCCACCAUUGUCAAGACCUUGGCUUCAAGCGCUGGCUCUUUCCCUCUUCAACAAGCUUGUUCCAAAGUGAUUCCGGCAAUCGCUAGGUACGGGAUUGAUCCGACAGCCGCAGAAGACAAGAAACGACUCAUCAUCCACUCUUUGUGUAAGCCUCUUACAGAUUCUCUCCUGGGAUCUCAAGAGAGCCUCGCUUCUGGCUCUGCACUGUGUCUGAAGGCUCUCGUGGAUUGUGACAAUUGGCGGUUUGCUUCGGAUGAGAUGGUGAACAAGGUCUGCCAAAACGUGGUAGUUGCGUUGGACUCGAACUCAAACCAAACGCAUCUUCACAUGGGUUUGGUUAUGUCACUUGCUAAGCAUAACCCUUUGAUCGUUGAAGCCUACGCAAGGCUGUUGAUACACACGGGACUGAGGAUUCUGAGAUUUGGCGUAUCUGAAGGAAACUCGCAGAAAAGGUUAUCAGCAGUGCAGAUGUUGAAUUUCUUAAUGAAGUGCUUGGACUCGAGAAGCAUAUACUCUGAAGUUGAUUUGAUAGUCAAGGAGAUGGAGAGGUGCCAAUCCGACCAAAUGGCUUAUGUAAGAGGAGCUGCUUAUGAAGCAAUGAUGACUUCGAAAAGAAUAGCCGGAGAGCUCGAGUCGAAGAUGGAGAAGAAAGGUUGCCGCUCUGUUACUGGUUCGAACUUCGGCCGGAGAAGCGUUGUCAAUGCUCAUUCUCCUGAUAGCUCGUUAUCACCUGAAUCGCAGACUCUAGGAGGCUCCUUCAGCGGAUAUGAUUCUCCUCCGCUCGAGUCCUCUUAUACUUCUUUUAGCUCUGAGUUUGAUCAGAGGAGUGUGAAUCGAAAACUUUGGAGACCUAAUGGAAGGGUUGAUAUCUCUUUGAAAGAUGGUCUUUUCUCUGGAGAGACCACUGUCUCUGAUUCACCUCUUGUCCCUUAUGAUCAUUGUGAAAAUGGCAGCGAUGAAUUCGAAGGGUUUCAUAUGGGAAGUUCGAGAAACAGGCGGAUGCAAAACUCUACUCCUACUAGCCCACAGAGACAGUGUUGUUCACGCAUGAAUCUUGAAGACUUCAGCAUCUUCAGCACCCCACGGAAGCUAAUCAGUUCUCUUCAGUAUCCUGAUGAUCUGGACUUGGAUCAUUCAGACAUUCAGAGUCCAGUACGGUCUCGCCAGAGCAUUAAACUCAGAAAGCAGUUUCCAAUCAUGGCGGCGGAAACGAUGUCAUCAUCAACCGUCGUAUUCAGUGAAGAAACAACACCUCAAUCACAGAUAAUAAUGGGCGAGACGAAGAAGAAGAAGAAGAUGAGCUAUGCCAAACUGGUUAUUGCGAUAUCUUCUGUCACCGUGGUGCUCUUUACAAGUGUGAUGAUGUUGAUGGAGAAUCAGGAUGACGAUGUUGGUUACUACACUGUUCCAACAUGAUGAUGCACAUCUCUUGUAGGUGAUCAGUUUAAAACGCUAGUGUAAUAGGGAGAAGGUAAUUUAGUUAUCCAAUUUACAUGUUGGUUGGUUGUAACUUGUAAUGUACUUGGUAUUACAAGAUGUAGAGUCUGUUUCUUCAUCUACUCGUUGUUCUCAAUUUGUUUCGUAUUGGAAAUCUGUGGAAUCAGCUUUAGUAUCAAUUUAAAUCACUUGAAUGUGUUAA